AUGCAACAGUUCUGUUGCUGUUUGACCAGCCGUACGGAUAAAGUAUCACCCGGCGAAUCGUUCGAUCAUUCUAAAUCACCUUCACCAAGCAGCCAUGAGUCGAUUAAUGUAUUCCGAUCGGAGCGUCAAUGUACGGAUAUACUGUUCAUUGCCGUCAAGGCAGCGUUCAUUCUGAUCUUGCUGGUACUCAUUAUCUACUGCAUGGCGUUUGGAGAUAUCUAUCGCAUAAUAAAUGGCUACGAUGACUGCGCCAAUGUCUGUGGUCGCGACAACAAGCCGGACCAGAAUCUUCCGUGCAAGGGAGCCGAUAGGACGGGCGAGCGAUUUUUGCUGGUUGAAGGAUCCGGUGUGACGGAAAGCGAUCUACACCGCAUGUGUGUCGCGAGCUGCGACGAAAUCGACGGGUUUAAACCAUUCUUAAAUCGUUGCAUUCGGAAGCACAACCCAACGGAUGAGGUGGCCACACGUACCGGGCUGAAGAACUUCUUCCAAGAAGUAUCAGAAGAUCUGGAAGCCUGUCAUCAGGAAAUGCUCUGGCUCGCUGUGAUAUCGUUCGCGUUUUCCCUUCUCACGCUCUUGAUGCUGCGUGUAAUACCGGGUCUGAUCGUAUGGUUGGUACUGUUAGCUGUCGUGCUGGCCUGCACCGCCGGUACCAUCUGGCUGUGGUUACGGUGGCAGUACGAAUCGGAACAACUGUCAGAAGCCGCGGCUGAUUCCGCACGGACGCGAAUGAACAGUUGGCUCUACUAUGCCAUUGCGGCCACUAUCGUGACGCUGAUCGUGUACCUGGUGAUAUUGGUGAUGCGCAAACGGAUCAAACUAGUCGUCCAGCUGUUCAAGGAGGCGGGUAAAGCGAUCGCCAGCAUGCCAUUUCUGUUGGCGGAACCCAUUUUGACCUUCACGACCAUUGCGGUGGUAAUUGCCCUGUAUGUAUACUUUACUGUGUGGAUCGAGAGUGCUGGCAUGCUGGUAGUAGAAAGCAACAAUAGCGCCAAAUACGUAAAGGACUCAACCAUGCUAUUUACACGUUGGUACAACCUGUUUGCCUUCCUGUGGUUUUGCCAGUUCGUUAUCGGUUGCCAGCACAUGGUGAUAGCGGGAGCGGUUGCCGGUUGGUUUUUCACCCGCAACAAGGCUCACUUAAGCAACCCGAUCGGACGUAGCUACUGCAAUCUGAUGCGCUACCAUCUCGGCACCGUGGCACUGGGUUCUUUCGUGAUUGCACUGGUACAGUUUCUGAGGACGAUGCUGAAGCUGUUGAUGCACUCGGUACGCAACCCGCAGAACCGUAUCACCAGCUUCCUUUUCGACUGUUGCCAGUGUUGCCUGCAGUGCUUCGAGCGGUUUUUGCAGUACCUAACACGCAAUGCAUACAUCCUGACGGCGAUGCACGGCGAUCCAUUUUGUCAGGCCGGCAAAAACGCAUUCCGGCUGCUGACCAGUAACGCUUUGCGUGUGUUUGCCAUCAACUCGGUCGGCGAUUUCGUGCUGGUGCUGGCUAAAGUGUUUGUCGUAGUCGCGACUGGACUGAUCGGGGUGGAGCUGAUACAGAAAAAGGCAGGCCUGCACCAUCCGUACGUGCCGUUGAUAUUGAUCGGUAUCUUUGCCUAUCUGGUGGCGCAUUGCUUUAUGACGGUGUAUGAGAUGACGGUCGAUACCAUCUUCCUAUGUUUUUGUGAAGAUUGUGAGAGCAAUGACGGCAUAAGCCGCCCAUACUAUAUGUCCCGCGGUCUCAUGGAGUUUGUACAGAACUCGAAGAAAGCUCUCGCGGUCGGUGAGAAAGGUUCCAGCAGAACCAAACAGUCGGUACAGGACGGAAAGGCCUGGAUGGCCGCAACAAAACCGACCGGCACACCCGGUGGUACGGCUCAACAACGAGCUACGACCAUUUCUGAAACGGUAGACUGA